AUGGCUUGUAAAAGUUCAAUUAUCUCUCACAAAUUGAGUAAAUAUGAUUUGGGUGAUCUAGAAUGGACCAAUAGUAUUCCAGAGUGUCCAGUAUACCAUCCAUCAGAGCAGGAGUUUGAGAAUCCUUUAGUUUAUCUACACAAGAUUGCUCCUCAGGCUUCUAAAUAUGGUAUAUGCAAAAUUGUUUCUCCAAUUGCUGCCUUGAAUCCUGCUGGUUCUGUCUUAAUGAAUGAGAAGAGGGACUUCAAGUUUGAAACAAUUGUACAGCCUCUUCGGCUAUCUAAAUGGAAUGAUGAGAAGGAUAUAAUAACCUUUUCUAUGAGAGGAAGAAAAUAUACAUAUCAUGAAUUUGAAGCUCUAGCAAACAAGGUCUUUUUCAGUAGAUUUUGCAGUUCUGAAGGUCUUCCUUGUUCAUAUGUGGAAAAAGAGUUCUGGCGUGAGAUGGUGCAUAAAGAUAAAGGAACAGUUGAGUAUGGAAUCAAUGUUGAGGGUAGUGCCUUUUCAUGUGAUCCUCAUGACAGGCUUGGAACAAGCAAAUGGAAUUUGCAGAAUUUCUCACGGCUGUUGCAGUCCCCAUUGCGUUUAGUUGACAAGGAAAUUCCAGGAAUAACUGAUCCUAUGCUUUACAUUGGGAUGCUGUUCAGUAUGUUUGCAUGGCAUGUAGAAGAUCACUAUUUGUACAGCAUAAAUUAUCAUCACUCUGGUGCAAAUAAAACUUGGUAUGGGGUACCUAGCUAUGCAGCCUCUCAAUUUGAAAAGACUAUCUUACAUCAUGUGUAUUGCAAUAAGAUCUUAACAAAACAAGGAGAGGAUGAAGCAUUCAGAUUUCUUGCACAUAAAACAACCAUGUUCCCUCCAAAUGUCUUGUUACAACAUGAUGUGGCAGUUUACAAGGCUGUGCAGAAGCCAGGAGAGUUUGUCAUCACCUUUCCUAGAGCAUAUCAUGCUGGAUUUAGUCAUGGUUUUAACUGUGGAGAAGCAGUAAACUUUGCUAUUGGUGAUUGGUUUCCACUUGGAGCUGCAGCUAGCAGGCGUUAUGCACAUCUUAAAAUGUUGCCUAUGAUUCCUUAUGAGGAACUACUUUGUAAAGAGGCAAUGCUGGUUUACAAGUCCUCAAAAGUCAGAAGUUCCAAGAACAAACCUGAAGACAUGGCAUCUUAUCAUGCUAUUGUGCUGUCUUUCUUGCAUCUUAUGCAAUUUUAUAAGGCAUCACUAUUGCGAUUGAAUAGUCCAAGAAAAUUGUCAAGCUCUUCAAAUACAUUAGGUUCUCUGAUAUGCAGCCUUUGCCAUAAGGAUUGUUAUGUAGCUUACUUGCAGUGCAAGUACUGCUAUUCUCAUCCAAUUUGUCUUUUUCAUGACAUUGCAUCACAGACUUGUUUAUGUGGGAGAAAAUAUACUAUUUUUAAGAGGAAUGACAUGUUGGCACUGGAAGAUGCAGCCAAAAGUUUUGAGCAGAAUAAUCCUUGGCAUGAAGAAAAAAGUCCACGAGGAAUUGCUAAUUCUCAAGCAGCAGCAUCUAAACUGAAAACAAGAGUAACGGACAGCAUUAAGCACAAUGUUGAAAAGAAUAACAAGACAACAAUGAAGCAUUGUAGAAACAAUGGACCUCCAUCAGUGAAGAGAACCAAGAGACCACGAAUCAUUUAUAAAUCGAGAAAAAGUGAAUCAAAACUGAUCGAAUGA